AGACGGUUACCUUCCCUGCAGUUAAAGAACCUUUUUUUUUUUUUUUCUCUGUAUAAAAAGCCACUCACUUCCCUCGUUUCUCUCCCACACGCAAACCACUCUCUUUAAUCAUUUCCUUUCAUUUACCCCAAUGUCUCGUCGUGGUGCCGGUAAGCAACCCGACCUCCGCCGUCAACAACCAUCGCCGGCGACUUCACAAUUCUCCCCCACCGGAAGAGGCCGCGGCCGAGGACGCGGAGCACGUCCCUCACCUGCUCCUUCUCCUGUGCAUGCGCCUCCUCCGGCCUCCGUUCCGCCUGUUGCUGCAUCAAGUUCAUCUGCCCCUCCUCCGUCUCCCACGACGGAAUCUCUGAGUUCUGAAGUUGAGCAGAAACUCACAUUGCAGUCACCGGCGCCGCCGUCCUCGUUGAAAGCCAUCAGGUUCCCGGACCGGCCUGGUUACGGUAAAGCUGGACUGAAAAUCCAAGUUCGCGCUAAUCACUUUCUGGUCCAAGUUGCUGAGCGGGAUCUCUACCACUACGAUGUAUCCAUCACUCCCGAGAUUACUUCGAAAAAGGUGUGUAGAGAGGUGAUGAGUCUCUUAACGCAAAUGUAUCAUGACGUAAUGGGAAAGCGCACACCAGCUUAUGACGGGCGAAAGAGUCUUUUUACUGCAGGACCAUUGCCUUUUCAAUCAAAGGAAUUUGUAGUCAAACUUAGUAAUGACGAUGAACAAGUCUCCUCCUCUUCUGCUACUGCUAAAAAAAAGCGUGAACGUGAGUUUAGAGUGACAAUCCGGUAUGCUUCGAAGACUGAUCUUCACCAUCUUACUCAGUUUCUGAAUCGACUUCAGCUGGAUUGUCCACAAGAAACCAUUCAAGCUCUUGACGUUGUUUUGCGGGCAACACCAUCUUAUAAGUACGAUGUUGUCGGGAGGUCGUUCUUCGCGCCGGAGCUUGGGCAACCUGGUCCACUUGGGGGUGGUAUUGAGUAUUGGAGAGGAUAUUACCAAAGUCUUAGAGCAAUCCAGAUGGGGCUUUCUCUUAAUAUUGAUGUAUCAGCUCGGGCGUUUUAUGAGAAGAUUAUGGUGAUAGAAUUCAUUGAGAAACAUUUUAAAUUUAAUCUUUCAAGGCCUUUAUCUGAUCAAGACCGCGUUAAGAUUAAGAAAGCUUUGAGAGGAGUCAAGGUAGAACUUAUUAAUGGACAGAAUAUUAGAAGUUACAAAGUUACUGGAGUCACCAAAGAACCACUCAGAGACUUAAUGUUUACCCUUGAUGACAAAGUAACCAAAAAAUCGGUCGUCCAAUAUUUCCGUGAGAAAUACAAUAUUAUGUUGAAGUACCUAGUUCUACCUGCUCUCCAAGCUGGUAGUGACACAAAACCGAUUUAUCUGCCAAUGGAGCUGUGUCAGAUUGCAGCUAGACAACGAUACACUAAAAGAUUGAAUGAGGAGCAAGUGACUGCUCUUUUAAGGGCAACCUGUCAGCGUCCUUACGAUAGAGAAAACCUUGUCAAAAAGAUUGUGGGGCAGAACAAUUUCAAUGCAGACAAGUUUGUGCGUGACUUUGGGAUUCGAGUAAAGGAGGAUCUAGCAUUGAUAAAUGCUCGUGUUUUGCCACCUCCAAGGCUUAAAUAUCAUGAAACAGGCAAAGAAUCAAAUGUUGAACCACGAAUGGGUCAGUGGAAUAUGAUUGAUAAGAAAAUGGUUAAUGGGGGUAAUGUUCAACAUUGGACUUGCGUCAACUUUUCAGUUAGAUUGAACAGAGACAUGCCAUAUGUAUUUUCUGAUGAAUUGGUCAAAAUGUGUUCCAGUAAGGGAAUGAAUUUUAAUCCACAGCCGUUAAUACCUAUAUCUUUUGCUCAACCUACACAAAUAGAGAAUGUUCUUGUUAAUAUUCAUAAGCAGUGUAGGGCUAAACUUGCAACUAAGGAGAGACUCCAAUUAUUGAUAAUAAUUUUGCCUGAUUCCACGGGGUCUUAUGAUAGAAUAAAGCGCAUAUGUGAAACAGAAUUAGGAAUAGUGUCUCAGUGUUGUCGGCCGAGGCAGGUUGAAAGGUUGAACAAGCAAUAUCUUGAAAAUCUUGCCCUCAAGAUAAAUGUUAAGGUUGGUGGUCGAAACACAGUGUUAACUGAUGCAAUUGCGUUGAGAAUCCCUCAUGUGUCUGAUAAUCCUACAUUAAUAUUGGGUGCGGAUGUAACGCAUCCGCAACCAGGGGAAGACUCCAGUCCAUCUAUAGCCGCAGUAGUGGCUUCCAUGGAUUGGCCUGAGGUCACAAAGUACAGAGGAAUUGUUUCUGCUCAGGCUCACCGUGAAGAAAUUAUUCAGGAUCUUUAUAAACUAACACAAGAUCCUGUGAAGGGACAAGUCCACGGUGGAAUGAUCAGGGAUUUACUCCGGGCUUUCCGUGCGUCAACCGGGCAUAAGCCUCAUAGGAUUAUAUUCUACAGAGACGGAGUUAGUGAGGGCCAAUUUAGUCAGGUUUUGCUUUAUGAGAUGGAUGCUAUAAGAAAGGCUUGUGCCUCGUUAGAAGAAGGAUAUUUACCCCCAGUGACGUUUGUGGUUGUCCAGAAAAGACAUCACACCCGUCUCUUUCCUGCUGAUCAUAGACGUCGUGAUCAGACGGAUAGAAGUGGAAAUAUAAUGCCAGGGACUGUUGUGGACACAGCCAUUUGCCAUCCUCGGGAAUUUGAUUUUUACCUCAAUAGCCAUGCUGGAAUUCAAGGAACUAGUCGACCAACUCAUUAUCAUGUAUUGUUCGAUGAAAAUGGAUUUAGCGCAGAUGAGUUGCAAACUCUGACAAAUAAUUUAUGCUACACGUAUGCAAGGUGUACCCGAUCAGUGUCAAUAGUUCCUCCCGCAUAUUAUGCACACUUGGCAGCUUUUCGUGCUCGCUGCUACAUUGAUGGUGAAAUAUCAGAAGCUGGUUCUGCUAGUGGCAGCAGGACAAAUUUUGAGAUGACAUUGCCCUCAGUCAAGGAAAACGUUAAAGACGUGAUGUUUUUCUGCUGAAGUUACUUCUGUAAAGAUGAAGAUAUAAACAAGUUUUUUGAUAUAUAAACUUUAGUGUUAACACCCAGAUUUAUCUCUGUUGGGCAUCAGAGAUCUCUCUUCUUGUUUGCGUGGUUAUAGAUAUUUUGCUGUCCUAUCUUAAUAGGGUUGCUUAAUGCGGUUAUUUUAGUAGCUGCUAUAUCUAUUGACGAGACGGUUGUCUAUUUUUGCAUAUAAUGGACAUUUAAUUUAUUGGUCCGAAUACCUUGUUUGGCUCUAUCCUUUAUCAGUGAAUUGUAUGAACGCAAUAGAAUGCGGACUUUUUUCUCUG